AUGUCAAGAACAAGUCAACCAACUACAUACCACGAGUUGGUAGAAGAACAAAGAGCUUAUUAUGCAUCAGGAAUCACUGCUACAUUAGAACAUCGCAUGCAGCAGCUUUCAACGCUGAAAAAACUUUUACUUGACAAAAGUGAUAUUCUCACUGAUGCUGUUUACAAAGAUCUUAAGCGGUUACCAAAGAUGACAUUUCUGAUGGAAUUAAGUACAGCCAUAAUGGAGAUAAAUUAUAUGACAGAAAACCUGAAAAAGUGGAGCUCAGUUGAAUAUGUCCAGAAAACCCUUUUAUCUUGUUUCGAUUCCACGUGUAUUGUUAAGGAACCACUCGGUGUGGUUCUAAUUAUUGCUCCUUGGAACUAUCCGUUAUGUCUAGUUUUAUUACCUUUAAUAGCAGCAGUAGCUGCUGGAAAUACAGUGAUUAUAAAACCGUCAGAAUAUGCUCCUCAUACUGCAGCAGUUUGCCAAGAUCUUUUCUCACAAAAUUUUGAUUCGAGAUUUUUGGCAGUUGUUAAUGGUGGUAUUCCUCAGACAACAGAACUUUUGAAGGAACGAUUUGAUCACAUUUUUUACACAGGAGGUCCAUCUGUUGCUAAAAUAAUCAUGACUGCAGCUGCACAAUAUCUUACACCUGUAACACUUGAGCUUGGUGGAAAAAGCCCAGCGAUUGUGGAAAUGGAUGCAGAUUUAGAAAUUAGUGCUCGUCGCAUUGCUUGGGGAAAAUGGACAAACUGUGGACAAACAUGCAUUGCUCCAGAUUAUAUAAUUGUUAAAGAAGCAUUGAAACCACAAUUAGUUAACGAAUUAAUUCUUCGAUUAAAAGAAUUUUACGGCUCAUGCGUUGAGAGAAGCGCUGAUUACAGUCGAAUAAUCAAUGAAAUGCAUUUUGAUAGACUGUCUACUUUGCUUGAACGAAGUCGAGGGCAAAUUUUGUAUAUGGCUGGUGAACUGAAUCGCAGUGAACUAUUUUUUCCACCUGUUAUAAUUGCUGUUUCGCCAGAUGAUGUACUCAUGGAAUACGAAUUAAGUUUCUUUAGUUGUUACUCUUUAUUAGAAAUCGUGUUUAUAUUCGGGCCUAUAUUGCCAAUUGUUACGAUCAGCAGUUUUAAAGAAUCGCUAAAGUUCAUUUGUUCGAAAGAAAAACCAUUAGCUGCAUAUUUGUUUACUCGAUCUGAACGAAAAGUAAAACAAUUAUGUUCAGAAACAUCAAGUGGCUCAGUAGUUAUAAAUGAUGUUGCCUUUCAGUUUGUCAUCGAUACUCUUCCCUUUGGUGGUAUCGGACAAAGUGGCAUGGGUAACUAUCGAGGAAAAUUUGGUUUCGAUACAUUCACGCAUCAUAAAGCAUUAUUGAAGAGAGGGUAUUUUAGUGAAUUUUUAAAUAUUGUACGAUAUCCGCCACUGACGGAAAAAAAAUUCAAACAGCUGAGAGUGCUCUUAGAACGACGAUUUGCAUUGCCUAAUUCACUUCCACAUUGGCUCGUUAAUAUUUCAUUUUUAUUUGCUGGUUUUAUCAUCGCUGUGCUAUUACAGGUAUGCAAAUUUUAG